AUGGAUAAAACCCUGUACAACCAUCUUGCUCUCCCAGACAAGCUCCCGCAGUCCGAAGACUGCCCCGACGAGAUUGAAAACAACCUGAUCGACCGCUUUCUCGUCGGCGCUCGUCAAAUGCACCAGCUUUCCACGCCGCAUUCUACCGCUGCUUGGGAAGCGAUCCAGCGCUGCUUGACGGCUGCCAAAGUCGUCCAUUGUCGCGGAAGGCUUGAUAGGUCUAGGCUAUUGACGCAGCUUCGGGCAUUCACCGAGUGCCGGGAAAGGCACGACUUUCUAGUCUUUCACAUUCGCAGCCAGAAUGCCGCUCUUUUGAUCCAUCGCCUUAUUGGGUCGAGCAACGAAAUAGUCGUCGAGGUGUUUGAGACUUCGCCCCGCAAUGAAGAUAUCUUGGCCGCCAGCACCGCUCUCCAGUGGGAUUUCCCCGGCAGCGCUGUUGCCAUUCCACUGGCGACAUUCAAUGAGGAGGAUUUCCAGAGCAACCUCGCGACCUUUCUGGAACAAGCUUCCUUGGAAUACACCAAAACCUUUGCGGCCCACACUUUCAAGGCCGGCACCGAAAUUCACGAGUGCCGAGAUACCCCGGCGCCUACCAUGAUCAGCUCUAUGCUCAUGGCCAUGCUCGAGGAAAGCGGGUGCAAGAUAUCGACGCCCCUGCUCCGCAAAAGAGUGCGUGAUGAUAUAUGCUGGAAAGGCGCCAAAAAGCCCUGGCGCCGACUACCCUUCUGGCUGGUACUGAGAGUCGCAACUGCCCGAUACUUGUCGCUUGCACUAGGUGGGGACCUAGGCCGAUUCGAAUACAAGUUCUUCCUAUGCGUGUGCUUCGCCAACUUUCUGGAUUCCACCCAUUCGACGCUUGACGUCGAACAGACGCACUUUCUCAAAUCGAAACUGUGCCGUCGUUUAGUCAAGUUGGAUGUGGACAGGGCCAGUGUUCAGGACCAAGACUUGGCGCAGAAAGUUGACUUCCUUUUUGAACAGCUCAUCCCCGGAAUUGACGGGAUCAUCAACGAGGCUGCCCUGCACGUUCAACUUGAGUGGAAGAACUUCAAGGUGGUUUCCACCAAGCACGUUCCUCCACUGCCUAAAACAGCCUCGUUGGGGGACAUGACACUUCCACUGCGAGUCAGCGGCGAGGCGUUACUAGCGAUGCAAACGAUGGUACGCCGACCAACCCAGCCAAAUCGCACAAGACCUCUGGACAAUAACCUUUCCGCUGCAACAAAUGAGGAGUUUCCCAAGUACGCCGAGCCGUAUCUUCGUGCAGCCGAGCAGGACGAAAUAGCCUACCAGCUUCUUUGGGACUCCCAGCACAAGGACGCAUCCGGGUUCGUGGAAGUCAAAUUAUCAAAGCAGAUAGAGGCGUACAUUGUAAAGGGUUUGCCACUCUAUCAGGAGAACACGGAGCAAAUGAGUACUCUCAUCCUGAACACGAUGGAGCUGUGGAUGAGGCUGGAUGAAUUAGCCUGUCAAGCUUAUCCCCUCCUGCACGACUACCACCCAGUCUUCACCCCCGAACUUCUCAACGCCAUCCAUCUGUCCGGCUAUGCUGAAAUGGCCCGCUUGCAAGAAGUUCAACGUUAUCUCCAGAGGCGCAUCGCCGCGAGCGAUCGAUCGAGGACGAACGUGUUUGAUGACCCUUCCAAAGCCUGCUUUGCACGGAGAUACUACGACGAAUGCUCAGAAGCUAAGUCCAUGCAUGACCUGCAUGACGCCGUAGAGACCAAUGCUCGGCGAUUAAAAGAAACGAAGCUCAAGGAAUGGCAACAAAAAAAGGGCGAGUUGGAGAAACUAGCGAAGCUGAUUAGCGAGACCACCUGCAUGUUCAUGGUCGACGAAAACAAUCCCCUGAGACAAGGCUCGCACAAUCCGGCACGCUGCGCUCGGUGCAAAAUGGAGAGAAGGAUGAGUAACAUGCGUAUGCAGAUUUACGAGCAUCCUUUACCAUCCGACAACGAGUUCAUGGCCAAGGUUGUUGUCUUUGAGCUGCUAUGCCCUCGCAACUUUUCGAUUUAUCGCGAUACGACUUGGAUGAUCAUAUGCCGUCUGGGCUUGACUCCCCAAGCGCCUGGAACCAUGCCCACGUGUCUCCUGAAUCGCUACGCUCCUCUCUCCGAGUUUGCGAAGAAUGCUCCGUCCUCCUUGACCCUGGCAUCUGUCAGGAAGCCCUUUUCAAUGACCCAUUACAGUGUGGUUCAGUUUCCUGUUGAGUGGGAAGAGGUAUGCAAACCUAACGGACUUCGAUUCUCAUACUUCGACGUCAAAAACUCCUUUUGGACAGGUCGAAGCCGGCUUAGCCUGACGUUUGUACACCACGUACAACUGAAACUACCGCCGGACUCGCUCUUCCAGCCCCUGGUAGACCCUAAAAACUUUGCGGUUGACGGCGACGGUCAGACGUCUUACAAAAUUCAAGCAAGUCAGAUGAAUUGCCCGUCGGGGCUCAGUCGCCAUGAAUUUCUCGCAUUUCAGACGCUCUUGUCUGGCUUUGCAAGGCGUUGGCUGUCGAUUCUUGUCGAGUUCAGCUCCAACAAUCUGAACUUUUCCACUGAGGCCACCAUGAUUCUCCUCAACCACCUGGCACUGCAAUGCGGCCCGGCAUCCGGCCAGGAUGACCCACUGAGACUUGUCCACUCUGCGUUUCGGGAUCGCCAUUUUGUCGAGAAACUCCUCGAGCAAGUAGAGUUUCGUCUCGCGACUCUCGCUGCAAACUGGAGAGAAGCCCAUUUAAUGAAGAUCAUCGUCACUCUGGCCUUGCGUGUUCAUAACCUAACCAAUGCAGCAGGGUUACAAGGCCUGUCCCAGAGGUCACUAAAGGCGAUCAUGAAAGCUAGGGAGAUCUGCAGGGGUUGGUUCAGGAUCCUCCGGACAGAAAUCCAGGAAUCUCAUGACGAGUCUGUGGCCGAGAGGCUGCAGCGAAAUGCCCUUGCUGCCGCCUUGCUGUGCAAACGAACAUUUAUCAUCCAUAUCGGCCGGCAAACUCCGCUUGAUUCACUUGCACUGGAGACGUAUAUCGAAUCAACAAUCGUCGUGCAAGAAAGUCUUGCGAGCAAUAUACAGUCACUUCCGCAGACAUUAUCGCACGACUUAGUAUUUGCCAUCAAACUGUCCCAUCAACUCCGUGAAGUCACACUGAGCUCCCUCAUCGAGUGCCAAGAGGGACUACGAAGGGCGCUGGUACAGUUCUGGCCUGGUGCAGACCGCAUGGAGUCAGAGUCGGUGUCAAUUACCCUCGAGCAGCCGGGCUGGGUUCGCUGCAGGAUCCCCGAGACGGACACCCACAGCGAAGAGGUGGUCUACUUCAACUUUCUACUCGGCAAUCUUUUGGUCAAUGGCAAGCCUGUUGGGAGGCUUCCACGGGACUCGAAGAACUCAGUUCUACUUGGAGAGCUGUUCGGCGACCAACCGUUGCGAGUAUUCCGGUCUUCAGUUCCCGGGAUGACAUACACCCUGACAUAUCGGCCUAAUGGAUAUAACGUCCACGUCGGCUAUGAAGCCCGAAGUAAGCAGAUGAUUGUGUUGGCCACAACUAGAGGCCAACGGAUCCGACUUGUGCUCCGUGAUACAUUUUACGCGGGAGAAAUAUGGGAUCUCCCGACUCCGUUGGUGGAUGGCUGUUUUCACUGGCUGGACUUGGACAAAGGAGAAGUUUACAUCACACCUUCAACUAACCCGUGGCAACUCGGCCGCCGCUGCUGGACCUUGAACAUUCGAAACCGGACAUGCAGGAAAGAACGACCCGAUAAGACCUUCGACCAAGUCGUCAAUCCCCUCAGCCCCCUGUUCCAGCGUGUCGGUAGGAUCCUGGAAGGGCUUACAUCUAGGCGCCAACUGCUUGUCUACCAGCCUUCGAAGUUGCGAACUGGGCUGGAGGUCCGGAUCCAAAGAAUGCAACUGAUGUUCUUUGUCAACGGCAAACAGCUGUUAUACUCGCCACAGCUGGGCCUCGAGGUGGACCCAAAUCAGGAUGCCGGGACCUGGUAUGGUUUAAAAAAUAAGCUGGUGUGCAGGAAGGCCAAUAAUCCCUUGCGCCGAAAGGUGCUUGUCCCUCUGGGAAGUCUCCAGGCCUUGAGAUCUGGAUGCCACGUCUCCGUUCAAGUCAGUGAAAGCUGCGAUUACGGCAAGUUCGACAUAAACGACAUCCUUGGCCGGAUUGAGUGUGCCGCAGAACCACGUCUCGUGUAUACCAAGGCGAUCCUGCACGCAUACACGUCGUUUGUGAUUCCGGACCCCCUGACAGGUCGGACCGGGGUCGAGGAGAGUCUCCAAUGGCUGCAGUCUGGGAUUUGCCGCCCGUGGAACGUGAUAGGACAUCAGGUACAAAUAUUGGACCAGAUAGCCGAACUUACACCCUCACGCGAGUAUUACCCACCAGACAAAAAAGUUAUGAAGACGGAUCACUGGAACAGAAACCUAACGUGCCACAUACAACACCCCUCCUACCGAAUUAUCGUGCAGGAAAUCAUGUCCAUUUCAGACGAACUGGAGACAUUUGACAUUGCUACUCCUUCGACCCCGGAACAAACGACUCGCGAGAUCCAAGGAGUCGGCAAUGCAAUAUUGAACGACAGAGCCUUGGUACGACGGCAGCUUUAUGAGCGGAUAUCAGCUGAUGAUGACGGAACACGCAGAGCUGCCGACUGUCUCUAUAACGCCCGAGACAAGUCCUCACCUUCAGAGAGGCCAUACCGCAGAGUAAUGGAGAUGGUUCAUUUGCUUAGGACAUGUCCGGAAACACUGAAGACGCCAGAAAACCUCGCAUCAAUUCUGUCACAAGGCGGUGUAAUUGGCGGGUAUGGAGACGAUUACGACAAGGUUUCUCUCAGCGAUCGAAUGCAAGCCGAUAUCAGGGAGAACUGGGGCUCGUUGGUGCAGUUUUGCCGAAACAAAUCGCGCUAUAGCGUAAUAUUUCUGUUUGCAGCCCUAGCGUACCGUACAGAAGUUGAUGAUGGGCUUUUGAGAGCGGUUAUAGCUUUCGCCACAUUUCACGACCUCAAAUGCCUACCUCUUCCUCAGUGGCCCUCAUAUUCCAAUUUCCGACAAUAUAGUUCCCCUCAACUUGGUGCAAUUUCCAAGAUGAUCCAGCUUCACAAAACGCCGCCUCCCAAGGACGACAGGGAGAACCUGGAGCAUUUCGCAAGCGCCAAACAACGCCGGCGGCUGCAAGCAGAUAGAGAAGCCUACGAGAUGAAGACUGAAGACGAUUCCCGCUACCUUGCAAAAUUCUUAAUCGACCAGUGGCCUUGUCGUGAGCCCGACACAUCCCAACUCGUGCGACAUCUCUUGAUUGAUGUCCCGGCUGCCAUGGAUACGAUUCAACCGGAGUGGCUGCGUCUGUAUCAAAACAUGGAAUUGUCUAUUCAUUUGCAGAAAGUUCAGCAAAUUUUGGACCAACACCGUACAGAUGUCGAGUACGUUCCGCCCCAAAUUGUCGUAUCUGAAGAGAUCCUACACCAGCGGCUGAGGGGCAUGGAAGUGCCUGGGCUAGGAUCCCAGCUUUUGCGCAAAUCUGUGAACGACCGACCUCUUGUACAUAGCAUGGGAGUUUUGGGUACCAACUCGCAGUCGGGGUGGAUGCCCCUAGCCAGCAUUUCCAAGGACCAGCCAACCCAGUCGCGCGCAAAUAGGCAAGCGGUUAUCAGCAAUGCGAGACCACAAGUCUCACCUGCUGAGAAGGAGAGGCAUUUGGAUGAGCUCCAGCAGAUAGCAAAAGAGCUGGGGAAGAGCAAAUCAUUGGUGCGGCAGACGUACUCUCGAGACCUGCUGCAAAGCCUCGAAGCCUUCGAAAAUAUCAGGAUUCCCCAGGAUCUGAGUAAGCCUUUCCUAUUUAUCCGCAAGACUCUAACGUCGAAGCAAAAUGUCAUUUGCACCUUCGAAAUCAUCAAAGCUGCACUUGAAGAUGCAGCACCUGACUUGCCGAUUCGCCGAAUCCGAUGGCUUCAACUCGGGGGGCUUUGGCCUGCAGUUACAACAGUCGUUUUGCUGGAGCGACUACGGUCGACAGCCAGUCCUCGAUUUGGCAGUGGUAUGAGAGAAGCGCUAAUUGCGUUUGGGCUGGCCUUGACCAAUCUUCAGCGGGAUAUGCGAUUGAACGACUGUGUCUUAGCGGGUGACACAACGCGCUUCCAGGAUGAGGAGGCAAAUAUCGGUCAUAGUAAUUGGAGCCCCGAAGACCAGCCCGACUGGCUAUUGUUGGAAAUUGAAUCCAACUUGCUGAUCCGUCCUGACCAAGUCGACGUGGCUCGGGCAACGAUAUGCCCCGAAUCAGGCGCAAACUCUGUUCUCCAGAUGAACAUGGGCCAAGGCAAAACGUCGUGUAUCAUUCCAAUGGUGGCUGCCUCGAUGGCCGACAAGAAGAGCUUGGUUCGCGUCAUUGUUCCAAAGGCCCUCCUCCUACAGACGGCCCAGCUACUACAAUCGCGCCUUGGCGGAAUCCUAAACAGGAGCGUUCGCCAUAUACCCUUUUCGAGGCGAACUGGAAUGGCACAGAAGAAUAUCCGCCUGUAUUUUGGCAUACACUUGCACAUUCUGAAAACAGCCGGCGUGAUGGUGUGUCUGCCCGAACACAAUCUCUCGUUUAUACUGAGUGGGCAACAGAAACUGCUGGACGGGAAGGUGAACGAAGCAGAGCACAUGAUCAAAGUCCAGACAUGGCUCAAAUCUGUCUGCCGCGACAUUCUGGACGAGUCUGACUAUACACUGGCCGCUCGCACACAGCUAAUCUACCCGUCAGGGUCGCAGAUGUCAGUAGAUGGUCAUCCCCAUCGCUGGCAGGUCAUUGAAACGGUUCUCAGUCUCGUCGACCGCCAUCUCUAUGGUUUAGCGAGCUCGUUUCCUCGGUCGAUAGAGGUUGUGAGAAGACCUGGCGGUGGCUUCCCGCUGAUAUUUUUCCUUCGACCGGAUGUCGAGGAAGAGUUAGUCCAUCGGCUCGUCCUGGAUAUCACGAAAGGUUUUGGAGACCUGGUUCCAAUGAACUCGUUAGACUCACGAGAACGCGCUGCAGUCAAGGAUUUCCUCUCACCUGGGAAGCGCAAAUUGCGGAUUGAUACGGUGAACAGGGUACAAAACCUGUGUCCGGAUCGACCAUGGCGUUGGAAUGUCCAAUAUGGCUUGCAUCCGAAACGAGACCCAAUGGCAGUACCGUUCCAUGCCAAAGGGGUGCCGAGCGAGCAGUCAGAGUGGGGUCACCCUGACGUGGCAAUUCUUUUCACAUGCCUCGUAUUCUACUAUGAUGGCAUUACUGAGGGACAACUCAAGCAAGCUCUCGGUCGCGUGCUGAAGUCGGAUGACCCGUCAUCCGAAUACGACAAGUGGACCCAGAUCUCGGAAGAGUUUCCAGAGUCUCUCAAGGCAUGGAAUACGAUCAACGUCGACGACCAGGCUCAGAUGCACGAGAUCUGGAAGGCUCUGCGUUACCGGGUUGUCGUUAUUGACUACUUCCUGAACAAUUUUGUUUUCCCUCGACACGCCAAGCAGUUUAAGGUCAAGCUUCAGUCCAACGGGUGGGAUAUUCCGCUCUUCUCUGCAUGCAGCGGAGAGGGAGGAUCAAAGGCGGGCCUAAAACCACUCACGACAGGCUUUAGCGGGACCAACGACAACCGCACCAUGCUGCCGCUUACUAUCAAGCAGGAGGACUUACCUGGUCUAUCCCACACGAAUGCGGAAGUCUUGACGUAUCUGCUCCAUGGUCGCUCUCGGCGGUGUGAGGUUAUCACCGAUGUCAGAGGAGGGAGGGCCACGGAACGAGAUCUCCUCCACAUGCUGAAGAAGAUGGAUAUCAGAAUCCUAAUCGACGCUGGAGCUCAAAUUCUAGAGAUGGACAACGAAACAGUCGCCAGGACGUGGCUCAAAAUCGACCAGCGGUGUGAAGCCGCCCUCUAUUUUGACUCUGCUAACAAGCCGUUCAUCAUAACAAAGAAAAGCCGCAAGACGCCACUACUCGCGUCGCCAUUUGCGGACGAUCUGACGAAGUGUCUUGUGUAUCUUGAUGAGGCUCACACUCGAGGAACUGACCUAAAGUUUCCUCUCCAGGCUCGUGGUGCCCUUACCGUUGGCCAAGGUCAAUCCAAGGACCAUACCGUUCAAGCUGCAAUGCGACUGCGCCAACUGGGGACAAGCCAGUCCAUCACGUUCCUCAUCCCCACCGAGGUUCACCAAGUCAUUGUGGAUCUGAGGAGGAAGACAAUGAACGACAGGAUUGACUCAUACGACGUGAUCUGUUGGCUUCUCAACAAUGCGUGCGAUGGAAUCGAGCAGCUGCAGCCACUGUACUUCUCACAGGGCUCCGACUUCUGUCGAAGAACCCAGGCGGCCAUCAAUAACCCCGAUUUUCUAACCGAUUCAGGGCAGCGAUCAAAAUACGUGGCUGCCAUCAAGCAGAACGAACUUCAGACAUUACAAGAUCUGUAUGAGCCAAAGUUGAAGACAAAGGCAAACGAUCUCAUGGCCACGAAUCCCAAGGUCGCCGAAUUCAUCCACGAACUCAACGUCCGGCGGAAGGGGUUCCAAGACACGGGCCGCGCCGUUCACGCGUCAGCGUUGCAAGAAGUUGAGCAAGAGCGCGAGGUCACCUACGAGGUCCAAUCUGUCCGCCAGGUGAAGAAGCCCUUUAAGUGCGAAGCCCUUACCUUCCCGGGGUUUCAUCGCGACCUCGAAACCUUCACCCGAACCGGCAGGCUGCCUAUUGACACGAACUCGUAUUAUCACGUUUUCCAACUGCUCUCCAGGACUGCCCUUGGUCGCAAACAUUCGGUAUCGAGGGACGCAAGCAAGUCCAAGCUAUAUGUGUCGGUGGAAUUCGAGCGAACCGCGAAGCUCUAUACCGACUUGGCUAAGGACAACUUUUUGCGCCCCGUGUCUUGGAUUCUCUGGAGUGGGGUCACAGAAACGGCUGUCGUUCUCAUCCCCGAGGAGGCCGAGUGCGUGAUCCGCAUGAACCGAGCGGCAGAAAUGAAUAGCCGCGUGUAUCUGAUCAACUACGCCUCGCCGGUCACAAAGAAGAUGCUUGUCUUCAACAAUCUGACGUACUUUAGCACGCCGCGCUUGCCAGAUGGAUGGGUGGCGCCAUUGUGGCUCAAGAUGGAGGUCGGGUUACUGUCAGGUCGGUUGUUCUUUGAGUGGGACGAAUACGAAAAACUAGGCAACUUCUUUGGUCUCGAGGACAAGUCCAACGCGGCUCCAGUCGAUGAGGACGAAGACAGCAGUGACGAUACAGUCUUACUACAAGAGCAGGAGAUCUCGGCGGCCACCAAACGGCGACGACAAGCGAACAGCUUUGCGUCACAGCCGUCGUCCUUCCUGAAGGAGUGGCUUGCGGUCCGACGAUGUGGCCAAGACUUUGCCCAUACCCCAAUGGGUUUUCUCACACAGGGGAAGCCCCUACAGCCAAGUCACCCUUUCUUCAGCAAGGCAAGCCCAGAAGCUGCACUGGCAGCAGCUGAAGACGGGAAGGCCACCGCGACAGCAAAAUCUGAAUGGGGCGUUGGGGAAGUACAUGGUGGUGGCGACCACGAGGCCGAGCUGUUUGAUGAUGGCAUCGAUGAUAUGGGGGCUAACGUCGAAGACGAUGUUGACGAGGGUGGAGUUCCAGUGGUUUAUGAUGACGACGAGUACCCCGGUUCGGAGAAUGAUGACUCGAUGACUGCUAGGGAGAGUACAUAACAGUCACCAUUGAUAGG